CUCUGUGGAGACUGGAGUCCCCUCAGCUCAGUUCAAUCAGUUCUAUUUAUUCCCGAGAUCGGCGCUGCGGAUGAUCUUGAUUUCACCGUUCUUUCAUUUAUUAUCUCCUAGCAGUGGUUACAUCGGUUCGGGACUUUUUUAACCCCUCUGGUCCACUUCUUUUUUUUCUUUGCUUUUUCUCUCGACUCCGAGUGACUGACAGGUGCUAUUGCCAACCUCCUUGCUGAAUGCUGGGACUUUUGCGGUGGAUUUAAUCAGGAGUCAAUCAGAUCAGUGGAUUGCUUGCAUUCCGGCUUUAUCUGCCGAGUUGUUUACCCUGCCUAUCUGUCACCUUCCUUCUCCUUCUCCCUGCAUUCCACGCAAACCCAAAUCCAAAGGCAAAGAAAGUACCACGAUGCUCAAGCCCGAAGACCCCUUCGACGUCACUAUAAUCGGCGCAGGCUGGAGCGGCCUCUGCGCACUCAAAACCUACCAUGAGGUGCAUCCCACCGCGCGCAUCCAGCUCCUCGAAGCCGCGGACUCCGUGGGCGGCGUGUGGGCGAAACACCGGCUCUACGCGGGCCUCAAGUCGAAUAACAUGCUGGGGACGUACGAGUUCAGCGAUUUCCCGAUGGACGAGGAGACGUUUGGCGUAAGGGAGGGAGAGCAUGUUCCUGGGGCGGUGGUGCAGCGGUACAUGGAGUGUUUUGUGGAGCGGUUUGGGCUGGAAGAGAUGGUGAGGUUGGGGGUCAGGGUUGAGAGCGUGACGGGGGAUGGGGAGGAGGGGUGGGUUUUGGAGACGGUGUCAAUUGAUGGGGAUGGGGAUGGGAGGAGGACGAUGCGCAGUAAGAAGCUCAUCGUCUGCACCGGCAUCACCUCGCAGCCGUACCUCCCUGCGUACGCCGGGCAGGAGGACUUCGCAGCGCCGCUCUUCCACUGUCGUGAUCUGCCGCUUCACCAGGAUGCCAUCUUCCAGCCGGAUUCCCGCGUCACCGUCUUCGGCGGCACCAAGUCGGCGUGGGACGCUGUAUACGCGGCGGCGACGGCCGGGGCGCGCGUGGACUGGGUGAUCCGCGAGAACGGACACGGGCCGGUGUGGAUGGCGCCGCCGUACGUGACGCCUUUGAAGAAGUGGCUGGAGAAGCUGGUGACGACGCGGCUGCUGACCUGGUUCAGUCCGUGUAUCUGGGGCCCGGCGAACCGGGGGAUCCGGGGACUGCUGCACGGGACGUGGCUGGGGCGCAAGAUCGUGGACCUGUUCUGGUUCGUGCUGGGCGACGACGUGCUCAAGCUGAACGGGUACGACGCGCACCCGGAGACGCGGAAGCUGAAACCCUGGGUGAGUCCGUUCUGGGUGGCCUCGGGGCUGAGCAUCCUGAACUAUCCGACGAGUAUCUUCGAGCUGGUGACGAGCGGGCGGGUGCGUGUGCAUGUCAACCAUAUUGAGCGGCUGUCAGAGCACGCGGUGCAUCUGGCGAACCCAGGUGACGAUGGUGAUAAACCUCUUGUUCUCCCCUCGGACGCCCUGAUCAGCUGCACGGGCUGGCAGGCGACGCCGAACCUGGACUUCCGGGCCUCAGACGCGCUGCCGUUUCCGGAUAUCGCGAUGGGUUUCCCCUGGUCUGAGGAUUCCAUCCCCAAACCGAUGGUCGAGGCUGCGGACACGGAGAUCCUGACUCGCUUCCCCCGUCUGAUGGACCAGCCGUCUCGACCGGCGUGCUAUAAGCCCCUGGCGCCCGGGGCCGCCGCCACGGCGCGCCACCCGUUCCGGAUGUAUCGGUUCAUGGUGCCGCCGGCGCUGGCGGCGUCGCGGUCGAUCGCGUUCAUGGGGCUGACGAUGACGAUCAACACGACGAUGGUGGCGCAGGCGCAGGCGCUGUGGGUGGCGGCGUACUUCGCGGGUGAUCUGAUGGCGCUGAAGCCGAGCGAGCGCUGUCCCGAGAGUGUGCGCGCGGAGCUGCAGAAAAAGGGAACGACGGACGAGGCGACGGACGUGGAUCUGCUGUGGGAGACGGCGCUGCAUAGCCAGUUUGGCGUGCAUCGGUACCCUGGGGGGUUUGGCAAACGCAACCCGGACUUCGUGUUCGAUGCGCUGCCGUAUGUCGACCUGCUGCUGGGCGAUCUGGGACUGGAUAUCGGCCGCAAGCAGGGCGGGCUGAAGUGGUUGGAGCCGUAUGGCAUGGAGGAUUAUCGCGGGCUGGUGCAGGAGUUUCUCUCGAGCAGG